AUGGGAAAAAGCAGGAAACAUUCCCAUAAAAAUCUUCAUAUGGAACAUCUUAACCUAGAUGUCAAAAAACUCCUCAAUGCAAUAAGUGGGAAAAUCACCAAAGCAGCAGCUCAGCGAUGUGCACAAAGCUUAACAGUAACAAAUACAGUAUUGGAAACCAUUUAUCACGAGUGUGAAAAAUCCCAUCGCAGUGGUUAUCCUGGGGAGAAAAAUAAAGAUGAAUCUGUCAAGUCCAUUGCUGCAGUUCUGUUACAAGGCAAAAUGUUUGAUCACAUUCCUGGGAGAUAUUAUCCAGGUUUUGAACGUUGCAAGAGUAACAUUCUUGAUAUUGAAUACAGGGAUUUCUUCACAUGGGCAAAGAACCAUCUUAAACAUUGGAAAGGGAUUUAUGAAACAGGAAACAAACAAUAAUAAGCUGCCAUUCAUACAUUAAUAUUUUUGUAAUACUUGUUUACAAGCCAGUAAAUACUAAAAAGUGGGACUGGAUAAAUUACCUGUAAUUUACUUUCAAUUGAUCAUAAUGAAAAGGAUGGCAGCAUGUACAUUUUACCAGAAUGCAUUGCAAGCAUCAAGAGUAAAUGCAUGAAUGAAGAUGACAUGAAACCACCUAAUGAUGAGAAAUUCUAGCACAAUGAAGAAAUUAACCUGCCUUGUGCAUGUUUCUGAAUGCAAAGAAUUCUUAAAAUGUACAUCUGCCAUCUUUACCGUUUUGGUCAAUUGCUUAAAGGAGCAGUGCCAUCGCGUGCGCAUCCUUUCUGCGCAUAGCAAAACUUGAAAACGUCGGCCGACGUUUUCAAGUUUAGUGUAUCCAAGAUGGCGUCCACUUCUGGGGGCACGCAUGGAGGCAAACGGGAAAGUUCUGGGCGAAAAAGAAAGUACACGAGCGGAAGUGAAAGAAAAAAAGCUUGGGAUAAAGGGCACAAGAAAAUAUAUUUAUCCAUCAACAUAUUUAAAACAUGGAAUGAUGUUAAAAUCGAGGCUGGAUAUAAAGCAUGUAGUGACAACGAUUUCGCAGCGCAUCUGCUCUUUUUAGAGUAUCGAAGAAGGUAUGAUAAUGUGGUUUAUAUGUUCCAACUCGAUUGAAUGUGUAAAGCAUUGGUAUAAAUGUGUUCAAGUUCGAAUUCUUUAACUAUUUUAGGUCAGACAUCGAUAAAUCGGAGCGGCAAAAGUACUUGAGCCAAAACCAAAGGAACGGAAGGACGCCUCUUGCAGAGGAUUACAGUGAUACUGGCGCGCAAAAUGUAAAUGUUGCUCAAGGUAAUCUUAAUGAAUUCGUGAAUAAAUUGUAAAGUACAAGCGGAAAACGAUAAAUAUUAAGAAAUCUUUGAAAACUCUGUAAAUUUACUCAAAGAUGAGUAUAAAUUCAGGUUUAUGUAUCCUUUCAUGUAUGUUUACAUAUAACCACAUUUUUGUAUUUCCUGCUAGCAGGCAGUUGCAGUAAUACAAAAGGACAUUUUCUCAACUUGUAACACUUAUCGCUUAAUACUUGCGCAUUAAAGGAACUUUUGGCUUUGUAGACGCUUCCAUUGUUGUAAUUCUUGCCAAAAAGGGACAGUUGGUCUUGGAAAAAUUUGCAUAUUUAUGCGUCAGUCAAAUCCAAGGUUGCCCAUCCCUCCCUGGGCCACGACUGGGCAUUUCACCUUUGCUCAUUUCACAUUUGCUCAUUUCAACUCCACAUUAUGUUCUAAAUUAUUUUAGGCAUGGAAACAUCCACACCAUUGAAGGGUACAGAAUGCCUCCAGACAAGUUUUCCAUCUCAAUCUCCCAUAUUUGGACAUCAACCAGAUGAAAUUUGUAACAUGGAAAUAGUCACAGAUCCAAAUUUGAGUGUUCUUGAGUCUGAAAGGUACUGAUUAUGGACAGUAACUUUUCAAAGAUGAAUGGGUUAUGUAUGUUCUAAUUGUACGGCUAUAUGUUCUAGUUCUACCAUUGAUCUUAAUAAAACAAAUAUGUCACUAUUCACUGAUGAUGAGGAAUCCAAUGAUGAGUGUAGUUUGGAGGAGGACACCAGGUAUAAGAUUAUUAUGUACAGUAUAUAAUCACUAUACAUAUUACAUACAGUCAUAAGGUUUCACUGUAAUUAACCCAUCUAGGGCCAGCGCUCUUCUCUUGACGAGUAAAAUCGUCUGGCGUUAGACAGAGUAAAACCCAAAGUAGGGCGCAUCAGGGCAUGUUGUCGCUUAAUGGGUUAAAUACAGUGGUGUAUAUACAGUACAUGUAUUCUUAAAACAAGCGUUGCUCAUUGUCACUGUCUUGCAAUGCCAACAUGGAUGGGUAGGGGAUUACAUUUUUAAACAAUAUUUUGCUGCAUGCCCAACCUAAGAUUUGGAAGCAUCUUAGUUUUUGAAAUGGCAUUUCCUGCAUUUGUAACAAUAGUUUUGAAGAUACAUUCAUAAAGGGGGCUCAAACAACCCAAAUUAACAUCCUAUUUUAACAAUGUAGGUUCAUCCCUUAAAAUUGACCUGUAAUUUUAACAGUGGGGGCUUGCCCAAUACACCACUGAUUAAAUAUUAUCUUUCUUUAACUAAAUAUUAUACAAUUCCUAAUUUUCAGCUUAGAUGAGCUUACCAAGUCAGUACUUGAAGAUUUGAAUGAUGAAAGGCAAAGUUACUCAGAGUAAGAAAUUUUAUACAUUACAAGGUUAUAUCAGCCACACACCGACAUGGUUUGAGUCGGUGUGUGGCUGGUAUAAGCAGUUGUGCAAUCCGAACUGAAUAAAUAUGAAAAUAAAUCAAAUUGAUUGUGUCAAAGGCUUAUUAGAAUCAAAGUGUUUUGGCGGGUUUAAUUUUUGAAACAUAACCUGUAAAUAUCCCCUAUAGGCAAAAAAUAUAAUCACUAUAGAGAAAACCCUCAAGUUAAAGACUGUAAUUUCAGUGAGUCAACAAAAAAAUCGAAUGUAUAAACAUGGUAUAUGAUCACUCUGCUUCCAAAAUUUUGUUUCCAGCACCAAAUUGAAUGGUCAUGUUUCUGUUACAGUGAGCUGUAUCAAGUAAUUUUCAUUUAUAGUAUCAAAUAAUGUUAUUAUAUUUUUUAUUAUUAUUUGUAGCUCUAUGAGAAGUAGUGAUGGUGACUCUGAUGAUACAUGUGAUGAACAUCAUGAUAUUUUCCCAAUGUCUGAUGAUGAACAGGAAUCAGAUGGUGAUGAAUUACAACACGCCAAUGUGGAACAUGUUGAGCGACAAGAUAUAAGUGACGCACAACAGUCACCCAGCACUCCUCUGUUUACUUUUGGACCUCAUCAGAAGUUUAGCAGAGGGCUCGAGAUAUACGCAAUGAAAGAAGAGUACAGCAUGGUGCAAGAAAUGAAAUUUGUCUGCUCUCUUAAUUUACUGCUUGGAGCAUUUCAAGCUAGAUGCCAGACACCUGGGUGUACCGCCUUACCCAACAUCAGACAUCACUUUGUAGGUGUUACACUAAUUGUGAACUGUGUGUGUUCUUCAGGGCAUAAGUAUAGAUUUUGUUCAUCCAAUCAAGUUAAUGACAUUUAUGCCAAUGAUCUCCAAGCAGCUGCUUCACUUAUAUUAUCUGGAAGUAAUUAUGCAAAAGUAGAACGCAUGGCAAAGUUUUUGAAUCUGCAAUUUCUGUCGAAGACAACGUAUUACAGAUACCAACGGCUGUACUUGAUACCAGAAAUAAACCGGUGGUGGAGUGAGAUGAGGAGCGAUCUCCUGAAGGAGUUUUAUGAAAAAGACGUCGUAAUUGGUGGUGAUGGCCAAUGUGACUCGCCAGGUUUCAAUGCCAAGAAUCUUUGCUACUUCAUGGUGGAGGUAAAUUCAAAUUGUAUUCUUGACAUUGAAAUCUUGGAUAAGAGACAUGUUGGUUUAAUUUCGACAAAUAUGGAAAAAGAGGCGGUCCAACGAAGUCUAGAUCGCCUUACAGAAGAAAUUAAUGUGGUUGAGCUGGUUACUGAUGCGUCCACAUCUGUGAAAGCAUUACUUGGUGAGUUAUAUAAAUUGGAAAUUCAUCUAGGAUAUGAAGAAUAUAAUACUGUACCUGAGAUGUAUAUUAAUUUUCUAGGCAUUUCUUGA